CUCGCGGACACGCAGCGCAUGGACCUGCUGGAGGCCGAGCUCCAGCGGCUCUCGCUAAGCAGCUCCCUGGCCGAGGGGCUCCACGCGGGCACCUCCCUGGAGGUGGCGCGGCUGUGCGCCGGCCUGGGUCGCAGCCAGGCUGCGGCAUUGGGAGACCACUUCCGGAGCCACGAGUAUCGGAACGAGAUACUCCUGAGCUUCUUCGUCGGGAGCUCGGUGGCCUUCAUGCUCUCCAGCAUCGUCCUCCUGUGCCUGCCGCCCCAGGAGGUGCACACGUACUCCGAGGCGUACUUCCUGACGCCCUUCCCGGUGUUCCGGGUGGUGUUCUACCUGCUGCUCACUCUGUGUUCCGGCCGGUUCUGCGUGCAACGCGAGCGGCGGGAGGCCGCAGCGUGGCGACCACGGCAAUGGGGUGGAGUCGAGCUCAAGGCGUUGUACCUGCUGUGCUACGACCGCUCCAUGUGCUGCCUGCCCCGUGCAGGCCACGACCUCAUCAAGUACUGGAUGCUCUUCUUCUUCGACGAGUUCGACGCCGAGCCCAUGACGCCGCAGCGCGGCCAGCGCAUCGGCGAGUCGCGGCUGCCGGCGCCGCAGUGGGGCCAGCCCCACGAGCAGAACGUGCAGGGCCUGCCGGCGGCGGAGCUGGCCCAGCAGAGCACGUCGAAGGUCCCACCGUUUUGGGCGCCGUACCUCGAGCAGCGCGGGUACCCCUUCAGGCUGUGGGUCCAGGACGUGAUGCUGUGGUGCGCGGCGACGGAGCUGCAGCAGCACCAGCGCGGCCCGGCGAUCGUCCAGCGGCUCGGCGGCACGGCGAGGGACCUCUGCCGCGAGGUGCCGGUCGAGGCCAUCGCGCACGGCAGGUUCGACCAGCUUGGCAACCUGGUCGAGGACGGAGUGCAGAUGCUGAUCACUGGGCUCCGGCGGCGCUUUGGCCCGCUCGACGUCCAGUCGUCGAUCAGCACCAUCGUCGAGCUGCUCACCUUCCGCAGGCAGGAGCGGGAGAGCGUCGACGACGCGAUCACGCGCUUCGAGGCGCUGCGCGCCCGAGUGGCGCAGCUGGACGACCCGUUCGUGCUGCCGACGCCGGUGCUCGCCCUGCUGUUUCUGGAGGCCCUGCAUGUGCCCAAGGCUGUGUACCCCUUGGUGCUGCAGGCCAACAACGGCCAGCUGCCCCUGACGCUCGAUCAGCUGAACAGCGUGAUCGGGAUGGUGCGGCAGCAGGGCCACUUCGCGGAGCAUACCCACGCGGGACCUCAGAACUUGGCUGAAGGGUACCGCGGCAAAGGACAUCAUGGUCAUCAUUGGUUUACUGGCGAGAGCGACGGCGGCGCAAACACUUGGAACGACACGGCCGCUUAUAUGCACGGUCAGAACGCAGCCGGCGCGGCAGGGAGCGCUGGAUCUACGUCCCAGCACUACGUGGUCCAGGACGACGAGGGCUACGACUACUGCGCCGUCUGCUCGAGCUACCUGUACGAGGACGAGCCCGGGGACGAGGACUCGAUGACCGACGACGACGACUUGGACAUUUCCCAGUUCACUCAGGAGGGGCUGCAGGAGUAUUACGGCGACUCCGAGGGCUGGGACUACGACACCCUGCUACAUGAGUACCUAUUCGCGAAGCGCAGGUUUCGCCACUUCGUCCAACGGAACAGCCGCCGCUCUCGCUUCCCGCGCAGCAACUGGUCCAUCCGCAUGAGCAGCGGCAAGGGCGGCAGCAGCUUCGGACGCGGGCGAGGCCACGGCAAGGGAUGCCACUUCGGCGGAUCAGCGGUGAACCCAGGCUCGCUGGCGGGCGGAAAAGGCAAGAACAAGAAGGGCGGCAAGCACUGCAUGUCAGGCACGCCCGGCGCCACCAAUCCCCGAGGCAGGGACGGCCGCAUCAUGCGGUGUCACGAGUGCGACUCGGAGACCCACCUCGUGGCCGCCUGCCCCAAGCGCAAGGGCAAGGGCAAGGGCAAGCACUUCAUGUCCUGGAACGCUGGCAGCGCCGCGACGGGGACACAGCAGGCCGGUGCUCCCGCCGCCGACCCAGCGUUGGCCGCCUAUGCGCCCGUGCCCGCGCAGCCGCGGACUGGAGCCUUGGCUGGAGUGCUGCAUUGGUUCACUGAGGACGCCCGGACGCCUGGCCUGCAGAUCGACGACCUUGACGAGGACACCGUCCGCGAGGCUCUGGACUGGGAGACCCUCGACAUGCGCGACAACGUCGCGGAGCACGACAUGCUGACGGAGAUCCAGGCCAGCGUGCAGGACCGAGCUGUGGAGGAGCAGCCCCCGGUGACAGCUGGGCGAUCAGCGUCCGUGACCAGCCCAACAUGGUUCCCAUGGUGGCGAGUGGAUCAGUUCGAGGACGCCGUCGGGGAGACCUACUUGGUUCGCACCCGCAUGCAGAACAGGGGCGGCGAGGCCCUGCUGGUGGACCCCGGGAGCCCAGGCAACCUUACUGGCGACGAGUGGGGCAACAGGAUGGCAGCGCGACAGCAGCAGGCAGGACGUCCACCGCCUGUCCGCACCCCACUCGACCGGGUGCUUGAGGUUGGUGGUGUGGGCUCGGGAUCUCAGCAGGCCACGCGCGCCCAUCGCUAUCAACUGGCGCUGCAGGGAGGGCAAGCCGCGACCUACGAGGCGCCGGUGCUCCCGAACAGCAGCGUGCCGGAGUUGCUCGGACGAGCAUCGCUGCGGGACCAGCGCAUCCUGCUCGACUGCUUCAACAAUCGGAUGUACCGCAUCGGCCCGGGCGGCUACUCCCUGCAGCUGAGUCCAGACGGGAGCAUCGGGGAGUUCGGGACCUACGAGGACGAUGGCAUUGGCGACUUCGACGACAUCCGGUCCGACAUCCUUGCCAGCAGCGACCUCACCGACUCCCGCAUCUACCAGGACGGCGAGCCAGAAGACCACCACUGCGACGCCACCCGGCAGCGGCGCCGCAGCAGGCAGCGCCAGCGGGCAGCCCGACGCGGGCAGCCUGCACCUCUGAUCGAAGACACCCCAUCUCGGGAAGUACAGGGGAGACCGCCAUCGGCACGGGUGUUCGGCGACUUGCAGAACCUGUGCCAGAACGCGCUGCACGGAUGCGGAUAUGCGGUGGAUCACAACUGCGACGUUCACCGAUUCCUCGGGCAGGAGGAUAAGUGGGCGGAUUCCCUGCGCCACCAGCAGCCGGAGCUCGUUUGGAUCAGCCUGGCUCAGCCGGGCACGUCGCGAGGCACCCGCAACGACAAGCGAGCCAAGCGUUUCGAGUGCAAGAUCGCUCGAGCUCAACUUGAAGGGCAUCGCUGCUGCAUCGUCGAGGCGGACGAGGGUAGCGCGGUGUGGGACAUGCCCGACAUUUUGGAGCUGCUGGACGACAGAAGGUGGCACGCAGGACGACUAAGAUGGUGCAAUCUCGGUGUGCGCGAUGCUCGAGGAUCACCAGCGGCGCAGACCACGCGCAUCGUCAGCAGCAGCUACUUCGACGACCACGACGCGAAGUGCCGCUGCGGUUGGCCAGCAGGCCGACAUGUUACACGGAAGACUGCUGCAGAUCGGUUGGACUUCAAGGCCAGAGGGGUAUCUGCCCUGGUCAAGCGGAUGGUGGCCGCUGGUUGCUUCGACGGCGGCGCGAGUGAGCAACGUCGACCUGGCCGAGUAUCAUUCGCAGACGAUGUCGACGAGACCGGCUGCAAGGUGAGCACGCUGACCGCGAGCUUUCCCACCGAGCAGAGGACGCGCGACAAGGCGCGCAAGGCAGCAGACCCAGAGCGCAAGGUGAAGAAGAGGCCGCAGACAGUGGAGCAGGUCUUCGACGAUUGCGGCUCCGAUUUCACGAAGCUCUACGUGGCGAACGAGUACGAGCUGGACGAGGUUUGCUACGGCGCCGAGCUCAGGGAGGACCAGUACAUCGACGAGCAGCCGUACGUCAUGAUGUCCGAGUUCUUUGGCAUGAUCGGCUCGGAGGCGCACCUGAGCGAGAAAGACGAGCAGCAGAACUUCUUCAGCUCAGUCAAGGAUAUGGACACAUACAUGAACCACUACUACGGCCACCUGCAGUACGACGACGUCGCGGAGUUGUGCGGUGGCGCAUCCGGAACAACCCGGUUACUCGUGCGACGAGGAUAUCGGGGCGGUCCCAACUUCGACCUCAUCUGCGACUGCAACCUGAUGACGCACGAGGGCCAGAGGCAGUUUUGGGAGUAUCUGUAUAAUCGCAAGCCUCUUGUCUUACUUAUUAGCACGCCCUGCACGAGCUUGAAGGGGUUUUCAGCGCUCAACAGGGUCAUCAACUACGACGGUUGGCUCCGCAGUCGCAAGACAUCAGUGGGGUUGGCCCGCAUCGCCGCUGCAGCGGCGUGCACGCAGAUGGACGCCGGCCGCCACUUUGCUUCGGAGCAGCCGCUAGGCAGUGACUUUUACAAGCUCGACGACUGGCAAUACAUCGCCAACAACUACGCGGUGGUGUGGCGCCAAGUCGACCAGUGCAUGGCCGGCAAGAUCGGGCGGCGAACGGGAUUCCCGAUCAAGAAGUCCUCUGAGUUCUGGGCUUCGGACGAGCGCCUGAUCGCCGGACUCAGGAAGUUUCGCCGCGACGGCCAGCACGAGCACGCCUUGCUGGCCCAUGGUGGCCGAGGACCCUGCCCAGAGCGUGACAAGUGGCGCCUGGAGAACCCCAAGGAUCACGCGGAGUGGGCGAUUGGCAUCUGCCGGGAGCUGGCAGUGAGCAUUUCUCAGAUGGUGGAGCGCGUGAGGUAUCAGGGACACCACCUCGUCGUGUACGAGUGCUACCCCACGGAUGUCGGCAUCAUCGGCCGGCUGACCAUCCAUCCCAUGAUCGAGGGGCACCGAGCGCCGCGCGAGCCGACGCGCCAGAUGCCGAACCUGAACCGCCACCGCCUCCACCUGCGCAUGCGGAGCGUCGACCUCGAUUGGCUCGAGCGGAAGGGCGACUUCGAUCGCGUCUGCCAGCAGCUGGAGAGGCGGAGCCGGCUGAGGCAUCAGGUGGCGCCUCGGGAUCGGCGGGCGCCAUCGGCGAGGCACCCGUCGCGGAGCAGCCGGCUGCGGCCCCAGCCGCACGAGCUCGAGGCGUGGAUGCGGGCAGCUCGCCUCAGAGAGCUGCUGACCAAGGCCGGCGCUCCUGCGUCUACGCUGGCCCUGGUGAAGGAGAUCUGCGACACGUGCCGGGUGUGCAGGCUAUGGGCGAGACCGGGACCGAAGAGCAUGACGGUCUCUCGGCUCGCGACGGGCUUUAACGAGAUGGUGCAGUGGGACAUCCUCUACAUCGGCGAACAGAUGGUGGCCCACAUGAUCGAUGAGGCGACACGCUGGACAGUGCUUCACAUUCUGGACCGCAAGACGGCGAUCAUGAUUAUCGCCGGCAUCACCCAGGGCUGGCUACGACCUCAUGGCCCCAUGAAGCUGCUGAUUGCCGACAUCGAGGGCGGCCUCCAUGGCGAGGAGGCGUACCAGUGGCUGGACCGCUGGGGCAUCGAGAUGAAGGCCAAAGAGGAGGGCUCGCACGCGCAGCUGGUGGAACGCCAUCACGACUUGGUGCGCAAGAUCAUACACCGCGUGCAGGCCCAGCUUGCGGAAGAGGGCAUCGUGAUGCCGUUGGAGAUCGUGAUCAUGGAGUGUGCCCUCAUCAAGAACCUCCUCAUCACCGUGGCUGGCUACAGCCCCUACCAGGCGGUGUACGGCCGGCUUCCGCCCCUGCUCGCCGAGUUCGAGCCGGUGAGCGACUGUCAGAUUGACGACCAGUCGGCUGGCAUCCCGGGGAUCUCCCGACGCCAUCAUCGGCUACGCGAAGUUGCAAUGCAAGCCAUGGUGGAGAUGACCGCGAAGGACAGGCUGAGGCGCGCGCUUCGAUCCAAGACGCGCGCCCCGCACGAGGCGUUGCAGCUGGUGGUCGGCGACCAGGUUGACUUCCACCGGCCGCCGAGCACGAAGGAGGAGUCGGGGUGGCGCGGCCCGGCGACCUUGCUGCAGGUCGGACCUCCAGUGCUCAUUCGAUGGCAGGGACGAGUGUUUCAAGUACGACCUCAGGACCUUCGGCGAAGCCUCGUGUACUUCGUGAUGUUCACGAAUAACAUCUUCUUCGAGGCAGGAUCGCGCGACCCGGUGGCCACCAUCAUGAGCUACGCGGACCAGCUGGACAGCAAGGUCGUGCGCGUCGGGUGGCUCUUCGACGCCGGGUGGAAGCGGACCGCGGACAGCCAGAAGCUCAGCGAGUUGGUCCUGGCGGUGUUGCAUGUUGCCGCCAGUGGCUUCUACUUGGUGGGCUGCAUCGGCGCUCGAGUGGCCAAUGGCGUGUCCGUGCUCGAAGGAAUGGUCGGAUGCGACCACAGCUUCCUGUGGUGGUGGCGGCGCGGACGCCCAGAGCUGUCCUGGUACCACGAGGCGUCGGGUUCUGCUCGAUUGAAGUUGGCUCCGAUAUUUGGCAAGGAACACUGGCGGGGCGUUAGCUUCGUGCAGUUCAUCAUGACGGACCCGCCGGAGCUUCAGGAGGAAGACUUCGACAUGCCCUGGCAGGACAGGCCGAUAUCCGACACGAGCAUCCCAAGUGAGCCAGCGGCGGCAGCUGAGGCUCCUGCACCCCUGCAUGAGCCAGUGCUCCCGAUCAAAGACGAUGGUGGCGAAGACGACGACGGCGACUCGGACAGCGACGCGACCCAGGAGUACCCGUUCGCGAGCUGGCAGUACAUGAAGGAGCAGGCCGCUCUGCCUGCUGUUGAUACCGAGUGCGCCCAGAACGACUUCUUCUUCGCAGCUCCGGACGCAGAUCACGUGGCGGAGGCAGUAGAGGUGGAGCACAUACGACGCCCUGGAGCAGGUGAGAUCUACAUCCUGCGCGUCUACAACACGGGCAAGCGCGAGAUCGUCGUCGAGCGCGAGAUGAACGUGCUCACGCUGGAAGAGGCCCGAGCUCACGAUGUUGAAGUACGUCAGGCCAUGAAGGACGAGCUCCAGCGCUGGGCGGAGUUGAAGGCAUUCCAGCGCUUCCCGAAGGACCAGGCGACCAACAUCAUCGACUCGCGCUGGGUGCUCAAGUGGAAGGAGAUCGAUGGCAAGAAGCAGGUGCGCGCGAGGCUCACGGUGAGAGGCUUCAAGGACAUGCAGUCACCGGAGCUGUCCACUUUUGCGGGUACUACGACACGAUGGGGCCAACGACUGGUGAACCAGGUGACGGCACAGCGCAAGUGGCGAUUAUUCUCAGCGGACAUCAGCCAGGCGUUCUUGCGCGGUCUCACCUUCGAGCAGGUCGCCGCCAUGGGCGGCGAGGUGAAGCGGAAGGUGCAGUUCACGAUGCCGCCAGGAUCGAUUCCGGUCCUCCGGCAGCUGGAGGGCUACGAGGACUACAACCCCGUGACAGAGGUGUUGUUGCUCCUGCGCUGCGGUUUCGGCCUGAAGGACGCGCCGAGGCUGUGGCAGGUCAUGUUGAAGCAAGUGCUGGAGAAGACCGGGGGCAAGGCGCUCAUCAGCGACCCGCAGAUCUACGUGUACCACAACGCGAAGGGCGAGUUGCAGAUGAUCAUGUCCUCGCACGUGGACGACCUGAAGGGCGGCGGCGAGGACCACCUGCGGGAAAAGGUGCUGAGCAUGAUAGAGAGCGAGUUUGGGAAGUUGAAGCGCCAGUACGACUGCUUCGAGUGCAUCGGCAUCAUGCACGAGCAGGACCCUGUGACCAAGGCCAUCUGGACGCAUCAGCAGCACUACGUUCAGCAGCUGCGACCGCUUCAGGAGGACCAGUACGUGAUGGAGAACGAAGAUGGCCAGGUGAGCGUGGAGAGCCACGCGGCGUACAUGUCGCUGCUCGGUGGAAUUGCAUGGAUGACGCAGACGAUGGCACCCAUAGCAGUGUAUGUCAGCUACCUCCAGCGGCAGGCCAAGAAGCCGGCGGUCGGGGACAUCCGGAAGAUCAACCGGCUGCUGAAGUGGAUCAUAGUGAACGUGAAGCAGCUCGGAGUUCGGUUCAUCGAGUUGGACGCGACCCGGGUGCGGCUGGCCGUCGUUAGCGACUCGGCCUUUCACGCCAUGGAGUUCGAAGGUUUGGCGAUACGAGGCUGUGUGAUUAUGUUGCUGGAGGCUGGCGACGAGGUGCUUCAAACUGGAUCGACGUACAGGAUCGUGAUGCUUGACUGGUACAGUCGAAAGCAGAACAACGUUGUCAGGUCCACCUACGCCGCGGAGCUCAUGGCGCUGUUGGACGCGCUCGGUACCGGCACUCUCAUGAAUGUGGCGAUGACCGAGAUCAGUGAAGGAGUAUGCACGGCGAACCAGAUGCGAGUGCGGCAGGAGGCUGGCGACCUGGUGUUGAAGAUGAUUGCUGCCAUUGACGCGAAGGCAGUGUUCGACGCUAUCUCCGCCGACACCAUCAAGGUCACCACGGACAAGCGGAUGUUCGUGCCGACGCUCGCAGUACGUGAGCAGAUAGACCGCUUGCAGCUGGCGCAGCUUAGUUGGAUCGACACCUUGGACAUGCUGGCGGACGGGCUGACGAAAGGCGAGCUCGACCGGACAGCACUCGUGAAGUUGGGCUUCAGCAGCGAGUGGCACUUGAGCGGGCUGCAGCCGGUUGCCUUCUCUGUGCGCAGUGUGCUGAAGUGCCGCGCAGAGCGCUAG